CUAUAGACUGCAAACGUGUUGCACACCAUCGCACUCGUAGUGGUGACACGGUACUCGACUCGAAGUGACGGACCAGCAAUCGUUGGCUGCGAGAACGGCAAGUCGGUGUAAAUAUGCAACUACGGUGGUAGUAAACAUUUUUGAAAAAUUGUUUUUUACACGCAUUUAAAGCGGAAUGUCGUAAAAUAGUAUAUUAACACUGAGUGCCGUAAUCGUCAGUUAUUUUCAAUUAUACGAAGUAUUUUUACACAGUGUUGUUGCAGUGUAUCUAGACUUCAGCCGGCCGAGGCGAGCAAACUUCUCUGCAUUAUGACAACAAUGAGUCCUGCAGCGUUGGUCAUGUACAACGUGUCCGAAGAUGCGGAAUAUUACACGGAUCUAACCACGGUGGUUCAGAGGGAUGUGGUAGCGGAACUUGAGACCGUCUCGCCAGUGUACCCCGGACGUUUGUUGUCCGUCGACUACCCGUUUGCGAUCAGCAAACAAUCGACGCCCACUACUACAGCCAUCAUUGAUUACGCCGUUCGAAACGUUUCCGUGGCCCUAUGUCAUACGCCCAGUGGCAUACCUUCGGUCGACGAAUACUUUACCGCUAUAAACCUGACGGGAGUGACGAUAUUCACGGUUGGUGCAGCGAUUGUGGUUAUGAUCCUCUACCUGUAUGUGGAUACUCUGAGGUGUAUCAUUAAAAACGCGCCACCUAUGGUUAAAACUCACUCAGCGUUUAUACUUAGUGUAUACCCGGUCGUUGCAGUGGCCACUUAUUGCGCAAUCCUAGUGCCUAGAGCCCACCUGCUUGCCGAAGCUAUGACUCAAGGCAUGUUUAUGGCUUCGAUGUAUCAGUUAUUCUGUCUGUUCAUGGCAUACUGUGGUGGCGAAGCCAAUCUCAUCGCUUCCGUAAAACCACAAUCAUUGGACAUGCAAGUGCCACCCUGUUGCUGUUGGCCGUGUUGCUGUUUUUUGCCUAAAUUCACGCUUACCAAAAAACAUCUGAGGCACCUGAGAAUGUUGGUGUUACAAUUGCCUGUCGUCCAGGGUUUCGUAUACAUGGUGCUGCUUGUCAUGUGGGCCGAAGAAGAGAGCUUGUACCAAGUAAACUACAUGUACAUGCAACCGUUCAUCGUGAUAUCCAUCAUAUGUGGCAUGUGGGGCAUUUCGAUGACCAUGCGAGUGCUCGGAGAGAUACUCAAGGAUCAUGGCAUCCAAGGGAAAUUUGUGGUUCUCCAACUGGUGCUAGUAUUAGCUAAGCUACAGGGACUGGCGUUUAGAGGGAUAGUAUGGGCAGAAUGGUUACCCUGCAAGCCGCCAAUUUCACCCACCGUCUACGCGAAUCUGAUAUAUAACUCAACCAUGUUAUGGGAAAUGUUGGUGUUGGCUGCUUUGGCCAGAAAGCUCUACAAGAAGCCAUUGCCGGAUCAGUGUUUCGUCGACCCCCCGAAGAUCACGUGUUGCGUGGAUCUGCCCAGUAAUCAGGAAAACAACAACAUCAUAACCGGCACGUACAAUCAGUGUUUCGACAUGAACGUUUAAAAGAUAUAUGGCCAUUACACGAGUUAAUACGAUAAGCGCGGUGGCUGUCGAGGGCGUUUCUUUGGUUUUUGACGACGAUGACACACGCGUACAUGUAUAUAAUGUAUAUAUAACGGUAUACAUAUAUAUAUAAUAUAUAUAUACAAUGUAUAUAAUGAAUAGAUGUGUGUCAUUUAAUUUCAACAGUUUACGCGGCUGAUAGAACGUGAUUGUGCCCAUCAAAUAUUUGAAUGUCACUAAAUAAUAGGUAAACGUUCAUGUACCGCUGCCUUAAAAAUAUUUAUUAAAAAUAUUAGUAUUUGCACUUCUUAUUGAAAAAUAACGGUCUGUCCCUCCCAACCGGCAACAUGGUACCUAGCCACCUAGGUACUAUGUGAAAAUUCAAAAUUUGCAUCCCAUGUCUAUAAUAGUACAUUAGAUACGCUAAUUUUUCAACGUUUUAAAUGGGCUUAUAAUAGUGUACCUACUAAUUUGUAAGUGUAUUAGUGUAUGAGCAGAUCUGAUUUUUGCGGUAUUGUCGAAAAGCCAGAUCACACAACAUUGCAUUAUAUUAUAAUCAGUACCUGACGAUUAUAAACGCAUUUUUAUACCCAUUGUACAUUUUUAUUUUUUUUUUUUAAUUAUAUUUUUACGAAACGUUUUUUACUAUA